AUGGAGUUAUUUAAUAUGAACGGUUUGCCGAAAUUUGACAGAAAUGUCACGGCACGAAACCCACCCGGCUUCGCGUUUGUGGAGUUUGAAGAUCCCCGUGAUGCUGAAGACGCUGUACGUGGCUUAGAUGGACGGACUAUUUGUGGACGUCGUGCUCGUGUCGAAAUGUCUAAUGGAGGUCGAGGAAGUGGUGGACGUGGGCCGCCACCACGUUCUCGCUUGCCGCCACGCCCUUAUGAUGAUCGCUGUUACGAUUGUGGAGAUCGAGGACACUAUGCUCGCGAUUGUACACGCCGUCGUCGUCGCAGCCGGUCGAGGUCCCGCCGCCGCAGCCGUUCCCGCUCGCCGCGCUCCGGCUCUCGCUCCCGAAGCCGCAGCCGUUCUCGCUCCCGCUCCAAGGCACGAUCCAUGUCGCGUUCAAGAUCACGUUCGGCAUCAAAAGAUUCAAAAAAAUCGAAUUAA